AUGCUAGGAAGUAGAAGAGUUCGUUCACACGAAUCAUCACUUACUAAUUUAGACGCUUACAAUCCUAAUUCACCAGUUAGGAUUCAACAAUAUAUUGAUCCUCAUCAAUUUAAAACUUAAAAAUGCUAGAUUCAACAUCAAAUUAACCAAAAAAAGUUUUGUCCAUUUUUCCAUGACGAAACUGAUCGUAGAAGAGAUCUCAAAUCUCAUUCAUACAAAUGCCAAUUAUGCCCGCAAGCUGAUAAUUGUCCAUAAGGGGAUGAAUGUCAAUUUGCUCACAAUAAAGUGGAGCAAGUGUACCAUCCCAAUAGAUACAAGACUAAAUAUUGCACUCACAUUAAGGAUUGUGAUUAUGGAGUCUAUUGUUCAUUUGCUCAUAAUGAUUAGGAAUUAAUCAUUCCGAUUAAAUUAGAUGGGAUGGUGCAAGACAAAAACUUCUGGAUGUAUCAAUAUAAAACUGUUUGGUGUCCCCUAACAACCAAUCAUGAUAGAGCAUCCUGCGUCUAUGCCCAUAAUGCCUAAGACUUUAGAAGAGAUCCAAAGAAGUUGCAACCAAAGGAGUGUCCACAUUGGAACAAAACCAAUUAGAUAUUGAAUUACGAUAAAGGAGGAUGUCCAGAUUAAGAAGAAUGUCAAUAUUGUCAUGGUUGGAAAGAAUUCGAAUAUCAUCCACUAAUCUACAAGACCAAACCAUGCACUUAAACCAAUUGCAACAAGAAAUUAGCCGAAUGUGCAUUCUAUCACUCAGAUUAAGAGAAAAGAGUUCGUAAAUAAUUAGCAGAUAAUUAAUGGAUUAUAGAAGAACCUAACAUACAUGUUGAGGCAAAAAGACAACCAUAUAAACCAACAUCAAAUUAUCUUGGUCCAAUAAUCCCCAAUUAUAUUCCCCAAGAUUAUAUGAGCAAAGAGAAAAUGGAAAUUGGGCAACCAUUUUGUUAAUAAUCCAUCACUAAUACUAAGACGUCUGAUUCUCAUUCAAGAAGAGGCUCUGAUUUUUCGGAUGGCUCGAAAAUGCAAAAAAAAAAGCAUAAUAUACAAUAACAGUUUUAACCCUAGAAAAAACAUCGAACUGCCCCCACUACUCCAGAUCAAAAAUAAUUACAUAUCAUGGGCAACAAUUACACUAUUAAGGCCUAACAAAAUGUAUAAAGUAAUUCUUAUCUUUCUUACUCAAAAAAACUUUAUGAAGAAAUUCUUAAAUUAAACGAGGGAGAAUGUAUUUAUAAAAUCUUACAAGGAUUAAAAAUACCUGAAUAUAAGUUGAUGUAAAUGGGAGAUCAGGAAAUUAAACAACUGAAACUCAAUGAAUAAUAAAUUAUUUAACUUACAUCAGCCUUAGCAGCAAUUAAAAUAGAGAAAAAAUAUGAUGAACACUGUGGUGAUGAACUUCUUAGUUUGAUAUCAAACUAAGGCAAAUUUUGAAAUUUUCAAUAUGCAUUAAAUAACAUUAAAAUAAAUUUUCCAUUUGAA